AUGGAAGGAGCGCAGCGCACCACCGCCAGUCUUCUGGACCGCGAAGAACGCGCAGUGGCUGCCCUCCUCACCCGCUACAAGAACCUCGUCACACUAGCUGCAAUGCCAGCUGGAGAUGGCGCCACCAAGGAGGUCGCCGCUUCGCAUGCAUUCCAGAUGGAAGUGGAAAGUAAUGCCUUGGUUCAAGCAGCGGAAGAUCUCCUACAAUUGACCCGCGAGCUGAAGGAAUUAUGGCUUGCUGGUCCUCUGAGAGCUAUUGGUGAGGAUGAAAAUGAGGGUAAAAUGGGCGAGGAGGCGAAUUCACGAGGGCACCUUGCGAGCACCGCAUUGAGGGUCGGGGAGAUGGUUGAGGGGAUUCUACAGAGGGCGAGCGAAUCGAAAACAGGGACUGAAGUCGUGGGAAAUUGAAGAGCGUAUUCUUCGAAGAUUUGUGUAUUGGAUGCAUUAAAUGGGUACGGCUGGAGCAUAUUGGAGUUAGAGGUAUAUCGGUCCAUAAAAGCGUUGGGCGGGAAAGGCGACAUUGCAGUUAAAUUGAUCAUGAGGACAUUGGCGGCGUAUGGGCACGAAUACCUGCAGCAUUCACAGUGGAUACUAGUAUACGCAUAAGAUGGCU